UACAAAUAUUGAAAUAAAAGAAUAAAGAAAAAGAAAAUCCGAAACUCCCAUUUGGAGGAAGAAAGACGGUGGCUGUCCCUCACAUAACACAAAUUCCUAAUGCCUUGUAUGCUAUUUGCUCUUGUAAGCCCCAAAUCGCAAUUCCGUCUAUCUUCUAUCCUCGUCUUCCUUUAUCUAUCGACUAUCGUCAUCUGUCUGCAAUAAUCUAUCUGACCGCUGCUACUAAUAUCUUGUUGUCGUCCGAUAAGUAAAUGCAUUCAUGUAUAACGUAUACAAUUAGGGCCAGAUUGUACUCUUAGAAAUCCGAUUCGUAUUUACUAGCUCUAUUCGUAUAUACCAAUCCAAUCCCCGAGUAUUGAUUGCAACUCAGAACAAUCAGAAUCAUCUGAUAAUUUUUGGGUAUGUUGAUGGAUCGUCUGGUGAUGGGCUGGUAAUGUUGCGGGAUUGAGAAAUGAAGGAUGGGAUUGGAAUCGGUUGGUGGGGUCUUGGGCUUAAUUGGAGCAUCCAAAAGGUCCGUCCAAUUGCUGAUUCAACAUCCUUAGCACAGUAAUAGACUAAAAGUGUGUUUGUUGUUGCUGUUGUUCUAUUGUGUAUAUGUAUAUGAUAUCAUCACCAUCAUCAUCAUCAUCAUCAUCAUCAUCUUCAUAUUGAUCAAUGGAGGCACUGGGCAUGGGCGGUUUCUGGGUCGGCGCUUGAUUUUCAAUUUUGGACAAUGGAUGAGCUCAGCCCUAGUCCUCAAUCCAAAGACUCGGCUGCCUCUUCGUGGCGUCCCAGCCAGCUCGUCUUUAGUCCCUAUUCCACGCAGACGCAGAGUGAAGCUCCCAACAGCAAAUCCCAAACUUUGCGUGUCGUUGUCACAAAACCCUUUGUGGCUAGGCUAACCAAGGACAUAGUUGAAACAUACCAUAUAUGCAAUCCACAGUUUAAGUAUUCAGAAGAAUUGAAUCCAAAGAGAUAUUUGACCAGCCCAUCAAUUGGAGUACUCAACGAUGGCUAUGAUAAUGUUAACUCAGAUCUUAUUCUGACUGUAAACUUUGUCUUGGUCAAUCUAGACACGCAGCGAAGAUACGUUGUCAAAGAUGUUCUUGGCCAGGGGACAUUUGGUCAGGUUGCUAAAUGCUGGGUUCCAGAGACUAACAGCUUUGUAGCUGUGAAAAUCAUAAAAAAUCAACCAGCAUACUAUCAACAAGCCCUGGUUGAAGUAUCCAUUUUGACAACGUUAAAUAAGAAGUACGAUCCUGAGGAUAAGCAUCACAUAGUUCGUAUUUAUGAUCACUUUGUAUAUCAUCGUCAUUUGUGCAUUUGCUUUGAACUGCUGGAUACGAAUCUGUAUGAGCUUAUCAAGAUAAAUCAUUUCAGGGGACUAUCCCUGACCAUUGUCCAAUUGUUUUCUAAACAAAUUCUACAGGGAUUGGCUCUGUUAAAAGAUGCUGGGAUAAUUCACUGUGAUCUGAAGCCAGAAAACAUUCUUUUGUGCACAAGUGUUAAGCCAGCAGAAAUUAAAAUUAUUGACUUUGGAUCAGCAUGCAUGGAAGAUCGAACUGUUUACUCCUACAUUCAGAGUCGUUACUACAGAUCUCCUGAAGUUCUUCUUGGAUACCAAUAUACUACUUCUAUUGAUAUGUGGUCCUUUGGAUGUAUAGUUGCUGAAUUGUUUCUGGGAUUGCCAUUAUUCCCAGGAGCUUCAGAAUUUGACCUCCUAAGGCGAAUGAUUGAAAUACUUGGAGGGCAACCCCCUGAUUGUGUACUUAAGGAGGCAAAAAACACGAGCAAGUUCUUUAAGUGCAUUCGGAGUGUGCACAAUGUGGAGAACGGGGAACUUUCUGCAAGUGGAAAAAGUGCUUAUCAAGCACUAACAGAAGAAGAAUAUGAAGCUAGAGAGUUGAAAAGACCAUCAAUCGGGAAAGAGUAUUUUAAUCGUAUGAACCUCGAAGAAAUUGUUACAAACUAUCCGUAUAGAAAGAACUUACCUAAGGAAGACGUGGUUAAAGAAAGUCAAAUACGACUAGCUUUGGUUGAUUUUUUGAAGGGACUUGUUGAGUUUGAUCCUGCAAAACGCUGGUCGCCUUUUCAGGCUUCAAAACACCCUUUUGUUACAGGGGAACCUUUUACACGCCCUUAUAAACCUCCCUUGGAGACCCCUCGCAUGCCUGUUGCUCAAAACAUAAGGGUGGAUCAUCACCCUGGUGGGGGCCAUUGGUUUGCUGCUGGUCUCUCUCCUAAUAUUCCAGGCAGAAAUAGAGUCUCCAUGCAUAGCAGCCCGCAUUUUCAGGUGGUGCCAUAUGCACAUGCUAAUAGCUACGGCAGUGUAGGAAGCCAUGGUAGUUAUAAUGAUGGUACUGGACUAGGAAGCAGCUAUGGAAGUUAUGGAGAUACUAGUAAUGUGUUCGCUUAUUAUUCUCCAGUUGGCCCAUCUGGGAUGAACAUGCAUGCACAAGGCAAUGUGCCGAUGCUCGGAAGUAGCCCGGAUGCAAGACGGAGGAUUAUUCAAUAUUCACAUGGAAAUGGACUUGGUAUGAGUCCUUCGGCAGGAAGUUUUGCUCCUCUGCCACUAGGCACUAGUCCUUCACAAUUUACUCCACCAAGCUCCUACAGUCAAGUUUCUGCCGGCUCGCCAGGACAUUAUGGUCCCACUUCUCCAGCAAGAGGCAGUUGUCAUGGAUCACCUUUAGGAAAGAUGGCUGCUGUUAGCCAGUUUAAUAGACGAAAAAGCUGGGGAUAUCCUGGAGGUUCUCAAACUCAAGAGAGUUCAUCUUCACACUGGCAAGGGCAAGCAACUGACGGCACCAGUUCUAGCCAAGCUGAGGGGAACUCUCAAAUACUAGGUAGUUCACCAUCACAUCUGCAUUUAAGCUCUAAUGCUGGAAGCUGGAAGCAGCAGCGAGGAGGCAGUGGUAUUUCUCCUGGUUACUUAGCCAUUCAGAGCAUGCCAGCUUCCUUCACAGUUGGUUCCAAUAUGCAAUUCCCAAAUACCACGGGAGUGGCUCAUGAAAAGCCCGAGGCUAGCCUGUCAUUGCCUGAUCCUGGGGAUUGGGAUCCCAAUUAUAGUGAUGAACUUCUUCUGCAAGAAGAUGGUUCAGAUGUUAGCUGCUUUACUACUGAGUUCAGCCAAGGCAUGCAUCUUAAUUCUGCAGAAAAAUUGGUUGGGGCGGGAAGAUUUAAUCGUGUGUCAAAUACGAGCUCAGGCCUAUCCUUUCAAAGACAAAAUGGGCCCAUUCAAUCGUAUUCACAUGCAGAGGUGGGUAGCCCUCCUUCAACUAAUGAACCACUUGCUGGAUACGCACGCUUGCCAAAACCUUCUCAUUUUCCACAUAUAUCACAAAAUUCUCCAAGCCGGUUGGGACAGCAAUAUCAGCGGUCCAGUCAAGGAAGACCCACCAAUUCUCGUGUUGGUGAUUGGAAUCAUAUGAAGGUGCAGGCUCCUCCUCCCAAUUUUAAUUCUGGUGGCCCACUUUCUCCGGGAAAUAGCUCAUUCGGCAACGGCAUGUCAUGGGGGCGUAGAGCCAGUCAUCCUGUCACUAGCAUUCCACCUGCAUCCCGAGGAAGAAAGGACUAUGGAAGGAUUGCCUAAUGUUGGAAUUAGUUUUUUACUGUGAACAAUCAGAUCCUGAGAGUUGGCAAGAACAUUGUACAACUUGUACUCAAUAGUUCACAUGGGUAGUGAGCUCAUGCUACGAAAAUCCACAUACAGAUCAUGCUCAUUCAUUGUGCUUGCACAAUAUAAUUUGUGGUUAAUGAUUCUCUUGGUCUUGUUACAUUUCAUGCAAUUAGUAUUGCUUUCCUCAAUGGCUUUAGUCUUCUCAUAUGUUUAUCAAAUGCCAGAAAUUUAAUUUAGGUAUCGUGCUGAUUCUGAAAUGGAUUUUUAUGUGUUUGAAGGAAUUUAACCUAGUUAUUGAGAUAAACUGCAGCAGCUGAAAAGAAUUUCAAGAGUUCGUGUAAAUUGAUGAAUGAAGUUCAGAAUUUACCA